AACAAUAAAUGAACCAGUUGAAGCAGAACAACAUUUUACAAGAGCUUUAGAAAUUCGACCAUGUGAUCCAGUUGUAUUUAAAUGGCGAGGUGAUGCACGAUCAAAACAAGAUGAAAAACAACAAGAAGCUUUGGAUGAUUAUCGUACAUGUGUUGAACUUAAUGAUGUAUUACAAUUAGCACGUAAACAUGGACUUGUUAAAACAUCUGCGAAAACAAGACGAAGAUUGUAA